UCCGUCCCUGUAACCGCAGGUCAGCCGCGCUGCGGCUUUCUUUCUUCAGGUUUGCAGCUUAUUAAGAUAUCGAGCAGAAAUGAUACAUUCUCUGCAAUGAUGGAGGGACCGUCUAAAAGUGAUGCUACACCUGGAACCUCCAAAAGCGAUGUUACGUCUGUUGCUGCUCAAGUGCCAUUUCUUCACCUGUGCACAGUUCUGGAGAAGAUACAGAAAACCAAACUUAGACCAGAUAAAGCCAAGUUCUUAAAAGAUUUCAUGGAUUCAUGGAGAAAGUUUCACGCAGCCCUUCACAAGGAUAAUCCCAACACUACAGACUCAUUCUACGCAGCCAUGCGUCUAAUUGUGCCUCCGUUUGAAAGGGAACGAAUGGCCUAUGGUAUCAAAGAAAACAUGUUAGCCAAACUCUACAUUGAGGUUUUGGGUCUUCCAAAAACUGGCCCGGAAGCAAACAAACUUCUCAAUUACAGAGCCCCCACUACAUCCCAGGGGGAAGCAGGAGACUUUGCCCUUACAGCUUACUUUGUUCUCAAAAAAAGAUGCACAAGCCAAGGUAAUCUAAGCAUUAAAGAAGUCAAUGACUUUUUAGACUCUGUAGCUAUGAAUAAUGCUAGCAAACAGAAAGACCUUGUGAAAAAAAACCUUCUACAUCUAAUUACUCAGAGCUCAGCUCUGGAGCAGAAGUGGCUCAUUCGUAUGAUCCUGAAAGAUAUGAAACUUGGUGUUAGUAAGGAAACAGUGCUCCAGGUUUUCCACCCAGAUGCUCCAGAACUCUACAACGUCACCACAGACUUGGAUAAAGUUUGUAGACAGCUUCACGAUCCCUCCAUUUCCUUGAAUGAGGUAUCCAUUGGUCUCUUCUCUGCUUUCAAACCCAUGCUGGCCGCUGUAGCCAACAUCCGCCAAGUAGAGAAACAGAUGGGAAACCAGACCUUUUACCUUGAAACUAAGCUGGAUGGUGAACGUAUUCAGCUUCAUAAAGAUGGGGAUGUUUACAAAUAUUACACGCGCAACUCAUUUGAGUAUACACAGCAGUUUGGGGCCUCACCACUAGAGGGUUCCCUCACACCAUACAUCCAUAAUGUCUUCAAGCCUCAUGUGGUCAACUGCAUCUUAGAUGGGGAAAUGAUGGCUUACAAUUCCAUGACAGAGACCUUCAUGCAAAAAGGCAACAAGUUUGACAUCAAGAGGCUAAUGGACGACUCAGAUUUACAGACUUGCUUUUGCGUGUUUGACGUCCUUCUUGUCAACGACCAGAAGUUUGGAAAUGAGCCUCUCAAGAAGCGUUACGACACUCUCCAGACGGUGUUCACACCCAUCAAAGGCCGGAUCCAGCUGGUGCCCAGAACUGAAGCCAAAACCAUGCAGGAAGUGGUGAAUGCCCUUAACGAAGCCAUCGAUGACCGGGAAGAAGGGAUCAUGGUCAAAGACCCCAUGUCCAUCUACAAGCCAGACAAACGUGGUGAAGGGUGGCUGAAGAUCAAACCUGAGUAUGUGGAUGGUUUGAUGGAUGAAUUGGAUUUGCUGAUAGUGGGAGGCUACUGGGGGAAAGGUAGACGGAGUGGGAUGUUGUCCCACUUCCUCUGUGCUGUUGCAGAAACUCCAGCUCCUGGAGAGAAGCCCACAGUGUUCCACACGCUGUGCCGCAUUGGAUCAGGCUACACCAUGAAGGAGCUAUAUGACCUUGGCCUGAAACUGGCCAAACACUGGAAAGUUUACCGCAAGAAUGACCCUCCAGCAGCCAUUCUGUGUGGAACAGAGAAGCCUGAGGUUUACAUUGAGCCACGGAACUCGGUGAUCCUCCAAGUGAAAGCAGCGGAGAUAGUAACCAGUGACAUGUAUAAGACUAACUGCACACUGCGUUUCCCCCGGAUUGAGAGGAUCAGAGAGGACAAGGAAUGGCAUCAGUGCAUGACCUUGGAUGAGCUAAAUCAGUUCCGUACGAAGGCUUCGGGUAAGCUGGCGUCCAGGCACUUCCAAAUCCAGGAAGACCAGCCGGACAAGAAGAAGCGUAAGCUUGGGCCUAAGUCCAAGAAAACCAUUGGUAUCAUCGACCACUUCAAAUCUCAAGACCUCUCCGCAGUCACUAAGGAGACGGACAUGUUUGAAGAUGUGGAAUUCUGUGUGAUGAAUGGAAACGAUACCCAUUCUAAAGCUGAGCUUGAGAAGGCUGUGGCCCGUUGCGGAGGGAUUGUGGUGCAGAACCCUGGAAAGGACACCUACUGUGUCAUUGCUGGUGUGGAGAACAUGAGGGUGAAGAACCUCAUCCGUUCCGACCAACAUGAUGUUGUAUGGGCUUCCUGGCUGCUGGAAUGUCUGGAAAGGAAACAGGUGCUACCAUGGCAACCACGGCACAUGAUCCACAUGUCGCCUUCCACGAGGGAGCACUUUGCUAAAGAGUAUGAUCGCUAUGGAGACAGUUACUACAUCGACACGGAUGAGCAGCAGCUGAGAGACGUCUUCGGCAGAAUUGAACCUGCUGAAGUGGAGCCGACCUUUGCAGCUUCAGUAGAGGAGAAGUACGGCUGGGAUGACUUGCCUACUAGCAUGUUCAGACCGUACUGUGCGUACUUUGAUCAGUGUGCUGACAUCGACGACCUAAAAAGUCUCAUCCGGGGUACAUGUUUAGACACUAGGGCUCUGGAAUUCCGCUUUCAUGGAGGCACUGUGGUAGAAAAACUGGAGGAAGGCAUCUCGCAUGUGGUUGUGUCAGAAGAGGUGAGAUUAUUGGACCUGAGGACAUUGAGACGUCUGUUUACGAAGAAGUUCAAGAUUGUUCGAGAAACAUGGGUGACUGAUUCAAUUAAAGCGGGACACUUACUGAAUGACAAUGAUUACCUCAUGUAAUGGUGGAGGCAACUGGGCAAAACUACAUAACACUUAAAUCUUGGUUCCAGCUGUCAUUAAUUAUGAAGAGAUGUGUGGCUCUAGUAGUACUUUUUAAAUUGCUGAAAUGCAAAAUGUUUUAGAAUAACCCAGGAAUGAUCUUUGGGUUUGUUUUAUUCACAUAGGCCUUUUUAACAGAUAUGACUUUUUAGGUGCCUUUUUAGUUCUACAUAAACAUUCUUAUAUUUACUCUGGUCUUAGUUCGCUUGCUUAGAGAGCAGUGAUUAGUAUGUUUUAAUUUUAAAUUAUUUGAUCCUUGAAGGUUUUAUGGAAGACAGUUUGAUCAUGUUCUAGAAGAAUGGCAGGGAAUGUUUUUACAAUCCAUUUUGCUACAUUUUAAGAAAAGUUGUGAAUAUUGUCGAUAUAAAUGAAUAAAGAUUGGAAAGGUGAACU